CCGCGCGGGCCCGCGAGUGAGAGCGGCCGAGAUGGCGGCGGCCUGAGGGCAGCAAUGGCGGGGCUGGCGCGGCGCCUGCUCUGCAGGGGCUUCUGUGUGCCGGCGGGGCCGCCGAGCACCCGCCAGCUGCGGGAGGCCGAGGAGGCUGCCCCGGUAUUCCAGUACGCAGGGAAGGCGGCCAGGCGCAAGGACCGCGUGUUCGUGUGGGGCUUCAGCUACUCGGGCGCCCUGGGCAUCCCCAGCUUCGUGAAGCCGGACGCGGGCUGGAAGAAGCCGCGGCGCAUCCAGCCCACGCCGUACCGCCUGGAGACCGAGGACAAGAUAUCCUCUGCUGCCUGUGGUUAUGGAUUCACACUGCUGGCUUCUAAUACCAGAGACAUCACCAAAGUGUGGGGUAUGGGGCUCAACAAGGAUUCCCAGCUUGGAUUCCAGAGAAGCAGAAGAGAUCAAACUAAGGGCUAUGAAUAUGUCUUGGAACCAUCUCCAAUUCCGUUACCACUGGAGAAACCACAGCAAACUCGAGUCUUGCAAGUGUCCUGUGGGAGAGCCCAUUCCCUGGUCCUGACAGAUAGUGAAGGAGUUUUCACAAUGGGAAACAAUUCUUAUGGACAGUGUGGCCGGAAGGUUGUGGAAGAUGAAAUUUACAGUGGAAGCCAUCUCAUUCAUCAGCUGAAGGAAUUUGACAGCAGAGUUGUCCAGGUUGUGUGUGGGCAGGACCACAGUCUGUUUAGAACCAAGAAAGGUUCAGUCUAUGCAUGUGGAUGGGGAGCUGAUGGACAAACAGGUCUUGGACACUAUAACAUCACCAGUGUUCCUACUAAGCUGCAUGGUGACAUUGCUGGAGUAAACAUUAUCCAGGUCUCUUCCUAUGGGGACUGUUGUCUGGCUGUUUCAGAUGAAGGAGAUGUCUUUGGUUGGGGAAAUUCAGAAUACUUGCAGUUGGCUUCUGUGACAGAAACCACACAGGUGAAUGUUCCCAGGCAUUUGCCAUUCAAGAUUGGGAAGGUGAAGGAGGCUGCCUGUGGAGGGACUGGCAAUGCUGUGCUGACAGAAGAAGGAAAUGUUUUUGUCUGGGGCUAUGGAAUUCUUGGGAAAGGACCAAACCUAAUAGAGACAGCAGAGCCAGAGAUGAUCCCACCCAGCCUUUUUGGCUGGUCAGACUUCAGCCCAGACACCCGUGUUGCUCAUGUUCGCUGUGGGCUCAGCCAGUUUGCAGCCCUUACAAACAGAGGAGAACUGUUUGUGUGGGGGAAGAAUCUAAGAGGAUGCCUGGGAACUGGAAGAAUGGAAGACCAGUACUUCCCAUGGAGAGUGACUGUGCCCGGUGAGGUGGUGGAUGUGGCCUGUGGAGUUGAUCAUAUGGUAAGCAUGGUCAGGUCUUUCACCUAGGGAUGCUGCUGGGUCUCAGCACUGCACCAGGGCCAUGCAGGGACUUGGUGACAAGCUUCUUGGAAAGGAAAACUCAUUUUAUGAAGCCAAGUGACUGUGAGCAGAGACAGCCAUAGCAGUGUCUGGGUGCAUUAUCGUCCCUGCGUCACUGGAGUGCCCUGGCCUGGCUGCAGGAAGGAAACACGUUCCCUGAGGAGUGUGGGAAUGCAAGGAGUGCUCUGGCUCCUUCCUGAUGAGCUCCCACAGGAUCUGAGGCCCAGCCCCAAGCUGGUGAGCCCCUCUGUGCCUGAAGAUGAAGAGCAUCUCCCUUAAGGAAGACUGGCAUGGGAUGAAAUCUACAGCACAGGACAUUGAUAUACGGACAUUUCCUGUCACCAGCUCUGGAGUGUCAGUGUUGGGCAGAGCCAAACUAUUUCUCAAGUGAAAAGUUGGGUGUUUUUUAAUUACUGUUAUGUGGGAGAGUGGUCAUGCUAGGUCUUGAAGCCCAGCCCAGCUGUCCGGGGUGGCCACCCUCAGCUGCACUGUGCCCAGGCUGUCCUGUGCAGAAGCUGGAUGCACAGCCCUUGCCUGGAGGCAGUGGUGUGUCUAUGGGCUGUUGAAGGCUUUCUGUGUUGGUGCUAAAGACUGAACACCAAAGGAGCACAUUCAAAGAGUGAGAACCUCUUUUCAGGGCUAAGUACUAUUAAAUAAGACAGCAGACUCUCUGUGCUGCAGCAGGACAGAUGGAUGGUGACUGCAGCCAAUCUAGCUUCUUGAGGGAGGCUGGAAACAAAGCCCUGCAAAAUCAGUGCUCAGGCAUGGAUGUGAGCAGUGCUCACUGCCCCUCAGGUACCUUUGUCUCCUUGUGCUGAUCACACAUCACUGCUCUUGAUUGUUUUUGGAUUCCCUACACUCUUUCUGUUUUCAGAGGUGUGGUUCUCAGUUGCAGUUAGCUGGGGAUUUCAGGAUGGCCUAGCAGGGGAAGGAGUCUUAAUGGGUAAGAAGCAGAGCUUCAUUCCUUGGUGCCUUUGUAGCAGUAAGGUGAUGGAGAUGGGAUGCAACAGUGAGUAUCUGUAGCAGGUAUUUACCCAAUCUCACAGCCAAGUGUGGGAAACUGUGUGGGAAACUGUCUCCUGUGAAACACUCCAACCAUCAGGCAGAGUUGUGUCUUUUCUCUCUGUGUGGGAUACUUCUAGUGUGCAAACUAUUUUGGUGGAAUCCAAGCUAGUAGGUUUUCAAUAAAGUGAUUAUAAAAUCUUUA